UCUCCUGUCAUAUUAUAAUGAUCCUCGACCGUAGCACUGUGCACAAACCGAUAAAGGCAGUCCUCGUCAAUGUCGGCUCUGCCACUCGAUAAGAAAUGUCAGAAGCCUAGGCCUAAUCUCUGUUCAGUUUAUUAUCCCUGUGUAGACGCUUUUAGUGAACAUUUGCAGGCAUUUCGCGUUGAUUCGUUUACCCCUUUUCAAAGGGAUCGGCUUCACAUUUCUUGACAGUCGAAAAUUAGUGCGUCGACAAUAAGUCGCCAUUUGCUUUUUAAGUAUUUUUAAAGUGUUUUUGGAUAUUCAUUUUUGAUGGACUUUAGUGUUGUUGAUUUAAUGCGAUUUGCUGUUUGCUGAGAACGCACUUUAAGGCGACGACAACAGUGGUAGCUCUAGUAGGAGGAGCAGACACGAUCCUGAGCGGAGUCCACGAGCCGAAGACUAGAAGGAAAGAUGUUCGAGACGAGAGGGAUACCCUUUAUUCUGCUGGACAUAGCCUGUCUAGUUCUAGCGGGCAUGCCCCUGGCAGCCUUUAACCUGGCUAAGAUCCGCCCCUACCAGCGGGGCUUCUUCUGUCAUGACGACACUAUCAGCUACCCGUUUCACCACAGCACCAUCACCUCCACGGUCCUCUACACUGUGGGCUUUACCCUGCCCAUUAGUUCUAUGAUCGCUGGGGAGUGCCUCUCAGUCCAUCUGAAGCGCAUCCAGUCCAAGUCCUCUUUCAGCAACAGCUACAUGGCCUGUCUCUAUAAGGCCAUCGGAACUUUCCUGUUCGGGGCGGCCAUGAGCCAAUCACUGACUGACAUCGCCAAAUACUCCAUUGGUCGGCUGCGCCCUCACUUUCUGGAUGUGUGCAAGCCUGAUUGGAACCUGAAAAAUUGCACUGCGGGGGCCUACAUUGAGGACUUUACCUGCACUGGAGACCAGAGGCUGUCCAAUGAGGGCAGGUUGUCCUUCUACUCAGGCCAUUCCUCCUUCUCCAUGUACUGCAUGCUCUUCUUGGCUCUUUACCUCCAGGCCAGGCUGCAAGCUGAUUGGGCGAGGCUCCUGCGGCCCACCAUCCAGUUCUUCCUGAUUGCGGCUUCCGUGUACACGGGGCUGUCCCGGGUGUCGGACUACAAGCACCACUGGAGCGAUGUGCUCACUGGACUGGUGCAGGGGGCACUCAUGGCCAUCCUGGUGGUCUUCUGCGUGUCGGACUUCUUCAGGAAGAGAGUGGAGCCUCAGAAGGAGCUGGAGAUUCCCCACGCCACGCUCCAGGAGACACCAACCAAUGGAAACCACUUUGAAAGUCCUAACUAAGCUAUGAUUGGCUGGGAAGGAGGAACCAUUUAUGGCAUGCAGCUGCUGUGCCAGUGGGAAGAUUUUUACUGCAUGCACCCACUAAGGGCUUGGACCACUGGGGGAGGGAGGGAGGUGAAGGGUGGGUGUACCUCUCCGGGGACCUGUGAAUGUAAUGCUACUUUGUGCUUUUGUCUUUUCUAUGGGGAGGGGCAAUGGGUAAAUCAAUCUCUGGUCUGGGGACAGAUUCUAGAGUAGCGAGCAGUUAAUAUUAGCCACAGUAGCUUCCUCCCUUUGAGACAACCCAUCACAUCUAGAUUGUAGCAACUUCAGCUCAGAUUCCACAUCCAUGGUAAACUGACCCCAGACCAGAUCUCAGACAAACUUUCUCCUGCAGGUCUUUGUGUAUACUCAGCUCCAUUCUGUCUCCCUCACAAACUCCUGACCUGCACACUCCCCCCCCCCCCACCCCAGUUCCUUUGCAUGGGACUGACUGGUAGAGAUUAGACCCCUAAUGUCCAGUCUGACUCCACCCCCCAGCCUUGUCUGGACAGGCCCUGGCUGCUCCAGGUGAGUGUACAGGUGAGGAGGUAGGAACAGGAUGGAACUGGUUCCCUGGUUGCCUUGGCUGAAUGCUGCUACUGCCAGCUGUGUCCUGUGUAAGCUAACCCACCAUGACAAGCCACACCCAAAUAACCACAACUCAGAUAUACUUUACUUCAUCUGCAUGGGUAAAGAAAUCACUAUACAGACUUUUUUAUUAAAAUUUUAAAAUUAUGUACAUGUUUGAUGUUUGAUGCUUUCUGGACGAAGAACAAAGUGGACAAAGCCAUUGAUGCUCUUGAACAUAAACAAAUUAAAAACUGAAAAUAAAUGU